AUGCUGAAAUGCUUGGAAAAACUUAUAAGGAACAGGAUCUAUGAGCACUUGACUGAGCAAAAUCUAAUUAGAGCGGAAGAGCAUAUCUUUCUUAAAAGGAAGUUCUGUCUUACCAAUUUAUUGUGCUUUUUGGACGAGAUUACCCGAUGUCUUGAUAGUGGGAUGUCGGUAGAGGUGCGCUAUUUGGACUUCAGUAAAGCCUUUGACUCAGUGAAUCAUCGAAUUUUAAUUGAGAAACUGACAUGGUUUGGAUUGCAUCCUCGACUAUUACUGUGGCCCUCUGAAUUCUUACGUGGAAGGACAUUCAGAGUCAGGGUUGGGGAAGCGAGUUCUAGUGUUGGCCAUGCCUACAGCGGUGUCCCCCAAGGUUCGGUACUGGGUCAAUUUUUGUUUCUUAUGUUUAUAAAUGACCUGGCUCCUCUUCUUGAGGAUCCCUGCUAUAUCUUCGCAGAUGACUUGAAGCUAGUCAGUAUGGAAAACCGAGUGACAUUGGCUAAGGACAUCAUCACUGUGGUGAAUUGGUCGAGCCAAUGGGAUCUACCUCUAAAUGCCAACAAAUGUCAACUAUUGACCAGUAGUGGCAGCGGAAUUGCAGUUCAGUCUCCUGCAGGAUCUCUAUCAUUGCGGUGUACUGAUGAAGCCCGCGAUCUAGGUAUCAUCGUAGCGAACAAUUUUAAGCCUUCGGCACAGUGUCUUCAUGCUGCCAAUAAAGCGCGACAAGAGUUUUUC